GCUUGGUAUUAUCGUUCGCUCGAUAUCUACAUCGUCUUGGCACUGGCCAUGUCGCACUACGAAUAAAAGUGAAAAUGUGUCAACUUUGUGAAAUUUUAAUGGCCAAAAAAGACUAUAUUACGUUAAGGCAAGAAAUUAAGCUACGUAAUAAAUUGCUGGAGAUUAUUAUCGAAUGGACUUCAGAUUUCCCGAUAAAAACUGAGGAGAAUCAAAUCUCGGAAAUGAUACCAAGCAAGAAUGAACGAUUACAACGUGAUCUGGAUCAAGCAUGUCUUAAAACGGUUCAUCUGUUGCUGGCACAAUUACCAUUACAACCUUCAGAUCUUUUAAAUCGGUGUCGUAUUCUGGAGGCAAUCGACAGUGGAUCACAUUCCGCGAAAAACAAUAAUGACUUACAAAUGUUGCUGUUGAGAUCCAAAGAAUAUGUGAAAGAUCUCGGUCCAUUAAAAGAUUACACCAUUCUCGCCCUAUCAAAUCUCCUAAGCGCAAAUGUUGACGCCGGGCUAGAGGUUUCAUUGUCGAUGGGAUAUCACGAAGACACAAAAACCAGAACGGCAUUUAUGCAAGUGCUCACUAAUAUCUUAAAACAGGGAGCUGAGUUUGACGGGCUCGCCGAAAACGCCAUUAAUGACCAAUAUGUUAAAUUGGUCGAGUUAAUCACUGGUUCCGAUCUUAGUAUUGUAUUAUCUCUAUGUGAAGUUUGUCCGGUCUUUGACAUUGACGAGGUUGCACAUAUGUUAUUAAUGAUAUUUGAAUCUCGGGGAAGUACGAUGGCUCUCAUGAAGGCUGUGAUUGAAAAAGAAGUGUUCAGCACUGAGAAUGAAGCCGAACUAUUACGUCAAAACUGCAUGACCGCCAAAUUGCUAAGUGUAUUCGCAAAAAUGCAUGGUUCAGAAUAUCUACGUGAAACGUUACAACCUCUUCUUCAGAAUAUUUUGGAUAAUCCGGCCAAUGAACAUGACGAGGUUCGAAACGGAAGCGGUGAAAAUAUACAGAAUAAUCGUUCGAAUUUGAGUCAUCAGGCUCAAUUGAUUCUGGAUGAAAUUUGUGCUUCGACUAAGAAUGUUCCAAGAUCAUUCAGAGAAGUCUGUUAUUACAUAGCAACUUCGACUGAAAAACGGUUCCCACAAUCAAAAUUUACCGCAGUUGGCGCAUUCAUUUUCUUGCGAUUCUUUUGUCCGGUAAUCGUUGCUCCCAAUUCGGACAAUCUCGUAAAACAAGCACCAAGCAAAGAAAUGAGUCGAGGCUUGCUCUUGUCUGCUAGAAAUAUCACGUAUAUUGCGAAUAAUGCACUGCUUGGUGCCAAGGAACCAUUGGAAGACAAUAUAAAUAAGGUUAUCAGAUUCUUGCAGGAGAUUUCGGAACCACCCUUGCCUCAAAUUCCAGUCACAAAAAUAAGCGAUGUCAGUAAUAAUAACAAUAUACAUGUACUAAGUAACUCAUUAGGCAAUAGUUCCAUUGUAACCGUAAAUCCUACCCACAACAAUAACAAUGACAAUUUGCGUGUUGACGAUUCUGAUUUAAAAUUAUUACACAAACAUUUAUUCCAAAAUCUUGACAAAAUUGGCAAAGAUUUAAUAACACGGCGCAUAAAUCCGGCACUUAAUCCAUUGAGUAGCAAUGCAAAUGUUCUCUCGGAGAUUGAACAAAUGCAAGCAAAUAAGCGUGCAUAUGAUAAACUAUCAACAUUGCUUGCAAAACUUGGUCCUCCACCUGAGACACAGAAAAAAGAAUUCACUAACAUUAAUAACCAACAUUUUGAGACUAAUCAUCACUUAUUUACGGAUUUCAUGCGAAAAAAUUCGCACCGAAAUUUGGAUUAUAUUAAAUCGACGGAAUUAUUUUAUAUUUAUGGACUUUCAAAAGAAAAAAGACCUGUCUUUUAUUAUAUAGCUCGUCGUUUAAGUUCAGAAUCCACAGAUAUGGAAUUAUUGAUGUACCUUGUCCUUCAUACAAUUGAAUCUUUCAUUGGAAAACCAUUUGAAGUUGUUAUCGAUCUAACACGAUUCACACAAGUCAACGAAAUACAAACUCAAUGGAUUCAACAAUUUAUUCAGAUUCUCCCGUUCAAUGCAGUCGAGAAUCUAGCAAAUGUUUACAUGUAUAAUCCAAACACAGCAUUCAAAAAGUUUUCAAAGAAAUUGCCAAAGCCAUUGUCCCAGAGAAUCGGCAAAAAAGCUAUUUUCAUGAAUUCGCUGUCAGCGUUACAUGAAUACAUAGCACCAUCAGAUAUUCGGUUGCCAAAGACUACUAUUCAACUUGAUUCUGAACCUUGCACACAGUUUACUCCUGUCACGAAAAUAACACAUUAUAGGAUUACUGUUCCUGUUAUUAUGAAGAUUAGCAGUGAAACGAUACAAGUUAUUACGACCCGAAAACAAGAUUUAUUCAGUGGUCAACAAGUAAUCCUCAACGACGUAUAUCACAUUUCUGAAAUCGAAGAUAUCACACUGUCAUCACAUAAAAAUGAUGACAAUGAAUUUGUCAUAAAACAAGAUGAAGGUCGUUCGUCAACCGCGUUCACAAGUCCAAAGCGAGAUCAAAUUAUGCAAGCAAUUCGUGCGUCAAAAGCUCGAUUUCAACUAACGAAACCAUCAAAUGUCACCGAGCGUGUUAUUCGUCCUAGUGAUGUGCCAGGGACGCUGUUAAAUAUGGCACUUUUGAAUAUUGGUAGCGAGGAUCCGAAUUUACGGUUGGCAGCUUACGAUUUGUUGGUGGCAUUAAGUAUCAUAUUUAAUUUCGAUGUUGGAAACCAACUGCUAACUGCAAAAGGCUUAUGUAUACCAGCAAAUAAUACAAAUUUUGCCGUAACAUUAAGUGAACGACUUGCCAUGACCGAGCCCGGUCUCACAAUCGAAUUCCUUAACGAAUUUUUCGUUGGGUUCAAUAAAUCAAGUACCUCUCUGAAACAUUUUUGUCUUCAUUAUGUGGCACCUUGGCUAUUAAACUUGGCUCAAUAUAGCAAGAACGGAAGUGAUAGCAAACCUGGAGUUGGUAAAAUAAGAGAGAUUCUGAGGAAGUUGAUUGAAUUGACUACCAAAGAGUCUGAGAUGUACACCACGGUCCAAUCAAAGAUCUGGAACACUUUAGGAAAAGUUGAUGAAAUCACCAAUUUGAUAAUCAGUGAAUUUGUUGCAUAUGCUGUCGAAAAUGGAAUCAAUUCUUUGCAAACGGAAACUGUGGCAAACACCAUCGUUACAUUAUCUUCUGUGAAUGUUCGGGGGAAAAUUAUAUCAAGACUUCGAAGGGCAAUCGCUCGAACAUCAUUAAAACUCACAAGAACACUAACCGAGAAUCCAGCAUGGGAUGAAAUUGCAGUGCUUGUGAGAUUCAACCUAAUGUUAUCAUUCAAUAAUCGACUCCACGUGCAACUAUAUCUCCCCGAGCUAUUUUAUAUAGUCUUGGUACUAGCUGCCACUGGACCAGCGCUAAUUCGAGCAUCUAUUCAUGGCCUAGUCGUCAAUCUUAUUCAAUCAUUAUGUACUGCAAUGCCAUUAGAUGAUUCUAGCUCUGCACGACUUACUUUCUUAUUGAGUGAAUUUUCAGAACCUAAAUUUCAACUAUUGUUCGGUUUGAAUAAUGUCGCUGGCAAUGCAUUUGUUAGCACUGAUGAGUCAACCCAUGAUAAUGCCGAGAUGAUGCCGUUGUCCUCAUUAGAACAGAUUGUGCAGUCUUUGCUGGAAAUUAUUGUCUGUGGUGCUCCAUCUAUAGACAUGUCAAAUACUUGGAGAGCAAGAUGGAUGAGCCUUGUGGCAAGUACAGCAUUUCAACAUAAUCCCGCUAUACAACCACGCGCAUUUGUCGCACUUGGUUGUUUAGCACGUGAAGAAGUCGAUGAUGACCUUCUAUAUCAAAUACUUGUUGCAUUACGCGGUGCGCUUUCAUUGUUUUCCGAGAACGACGUCUCUCUAAUCGUGAGCAUAAUAAUUUGCCUAACAAAUAUCGUUGAAAAUCUCAACAGCAGCUGCCGAUACAUCAGACAACUAUUUUGGCUUGCAAUGUCAUUAGUACAAAUAGGGAAUAUUUUAGUGUUUCCGAGCGCAAUAAAAUUUUUACAAGUGGUAUUACGAGCAUUAGACGUAAAUGGAUUUUUCGAGCAAAAAGAUAUAGCAAAAGUAUUAUUGGAUGCUCGUGCACCAUUGGCUGAAGUAGCAGGGGCGAUGGACUAUGAAGCUGGUAUAAAUUAUGAACAUUUCUCAUUCGCUGUAGCAGCCGUCCUAUUAAAAGGUCUUAAACAUCCCGCCACAAAAACUGAUACACAAACCGUUCUGAAUUUGUUCCUCGAGAUAUCGUCAAAAGAUAUCGGCAUUGAACAAGACACCGUCGAUUCGAGCAUGCUUGGAUACUUGGCCGCGUUAUUACCAAUCUCGGCGAAGAAUGCUGAAAUGAAAGAGUUACUUUGGGUCUGUGGAAUUUAUGAUAUGGACGUCGAUAAUUCUGAACUCGCAAACACAUAUUACAAAAUCUUUCCCAGAUUGGAUAUUCCCGAUAAUCAGACGGCUUUAUUGUUAAUUUCUUUGAUGGUGGCUAUGUUGCAAAAUGCGGAACAUGAGCCUGAAAGGUUGUUCUUGUAUGGAUUUUUGUCGGAAGCAGCGGUUGCCAUUCCUGAAGUUUUUGCUUUGGUUUAUGACACUCUCCAACCAAAAAUGAAUCAAAUAAUCACAAGUAGCGACACAGCCUCAAUACUCAACUCUGUUCAAUCAAUCUUAUGCACCGUCUCAGAACCACUAUAUUCGCGUACACGCAGCAAUCAUAUCCCAUUUUUGGAGAAAAUUGGCUUCAAAAAUUUAAUGGAGUGUGGAUCAUUCCAUGGCAUUACUAGAGAAAAGAUGCGCGUGAAUGCUUUGUUGGCUAGUAAAUUGGUUCACAAUAUUAUCGAUAAUUAA